AUGUGGCGGCCGGCACUUUGCCUACUCCUCUUUACAGGGGGAGUCUGGGGAUCAGAAAAGAAAUUGCCGGAAUGUCGAAUCGGUGAUGAUUGUGACAAGUGCUUUUUGAUAGAAGAUGGACAAGAAUGCUUGAAAGAGAUCACGCAAGAGUCACUCUUCUGUGAUCAAAAGACAAAUAAAACGGAUAUGCAAGAGAACGCAUUUCUCAUUUGUAAUCUCAUCAAGAAAAGAGUUGAGCGAAAAGUUUGCCCAAAAGGUGAAUUCUUCAUCGACGGACGGUGUCGAGCUCAAAAUGUUCGCUAUCGGCGACAAGGAAUCGCUGGCUCAGGACGAGUUGGAGAUUUUUGCUCAUUCAACACCGAUUGUUUGACGGGAAUGUUCUGCUCAACUGGUACAUGUACUUGUUUAAGCAAUUUUGUCGCUAUUCAAGGAUAUUGUUAUUUGAAGAAAAACCCUGGAGAGUCUGGUUGUCAAUAUGCUGAACAAUGUGCAGCUGUUUGGCCGGAAUCUAGAUGUGAGAAAUCCCGUUGCGAGUGUCCCGAGGAUGUGAACGGAAUCCCAUAUGUGCAAUCGAAAAGCCGUGAUGGAGUGGUAUGCAUUCUGCACUCUGGAGAAGACGCUGACCCAGUUCCCAAGUGUCCUCUUCCCGAAUACGAUGACGACUUGUUGACAAUGCCUGUCUCACAAUUGCGCAAUCCAUCAAUGACUGAUCCAGAUGAUGCUGAUAUUGCUAUGGGAGAUCAUGUAAAUCCACUACAAUUCUGCAGCAGUCAAUCAACUGAUUACACUACUUUCUCACCAAAUGGCGGAGGCGCUUGCGUCUAUACAACUGAUCAACAAGACCCAGCUGCUGGCGUUUUUAUCGCUGAUAUUUACGAUUGUGUGACAGCGGUGACAUCAAUGAACAAUGUGAAAACGGCAAUGGAAGGAGUUUACAACAUUCAUCCGUCAGCUGAUGGCAUUUGCUGUCCAAAUCGUGCUUUCACAUGCAUUCAACCGAAGAGAGAAGCGGAUAGUGGAUCUGCAGCGCCUGCUGGAGUUCGACCAAGAUGGUGGUACAAUGCGGUGACGGGCACUUGCGAACAGUUCAUGUGGGAUCCAUGGGAUGAGAGUGAGAUGCAAUCGCCAAACAACUUUAAGACUCGUGAACACUGCGAAAGCUUCUGCAGAGACACUUGUAAACGAGGGUCACCACAAUAUUUGACUGGUCAAACACAGAAUGAAGAUGAGCCAGUGAAUAAUUGUCAAAGUGCUUCCACAUGUACUUCGAACUUUGAGUGUAACAGUGUCGGAUCGAUGCAAUUGUGCUGUCCAACAGUGGCUUCUAUUUGCUCGAAUUCUGGCGGUCGUCCAGCGGAUCUCCUUCGAUCGACAAACUUUGACCCAGGAUUCACAAUGAAGAGAAGCUUCUCGCUUACCUAUGCCACAUCUAGCAGGUAUUACUAUGAUGCUGAACAAGGCCGUUGCAUUGCUUUCACCUACAAUGGAGCUCAUGGAAAUUACAAUAACUUCAAAUCAGCUGCAGAGUGUGAGCUUUUCUGCGCGAAACUUCAGUGCACAUAUGGAACCCCAUUAAAGAUCGGAGCUGCCAAUCAGCGCUGUUCAACAAAUGCCGAUUGCCCAUCCACGCAUGAAUGCCAAGCUGAUCACAAUGUGUGCUGUCCUAGGCCUCAGGCGAUCUGCUCACAGCCACUUCGACUUGGUGAUUGCAAGCAAUCAGUGCGUCGCUAUUGGUACAAUGCUGUCACCAGAGCUUGCGAGAUCUUUGAUUACACUGGAUGCCAAGGUAAUGACAACAACUUCGAGACUCUACUUGAGUGUCAAAACACUUGCGAGAAUAUCAUCCCUGAACCCCAAUGUCCUCAGGGUGAUGCCUACAAAGAUUAUCAGGGUAAUUACUAUACCUGCUCAAAUUCGGGAACCGGUAAUGUGUGCCCAGUGAAUUAUGAGUGCUAUUUUGAUGGUUAUGUGUGGGGUUGUUGCCCGACAAAGGCAUACACUUGUACUCUUUCUCCGCACAAGGGUGUCACUUGUGGAUCGGGGUCCAGCUACAGAUAUUACUACAAUGCGCAAACACAAGAAUGCGAGAGCUUCCAAUACAAUGGUUGUGACGGAAACUCGAAUAAUUUCGCGUCACGUGACGAUUGUGAAAGCUAUUGUGGAGUCGGAGGCUGUCCGAAUGGUGGCACACCGGAAAGGAACGAGUUUAGCCAGUUGAUGGUGUGCGCCGGAUCAAACCCAUGCCCAACCACUCACGAAUGUACCUCAGUCACCUCAGGAUCCUCUGUUGUCAAUCGAUGCUGCCCAACUAGAGCUCACAUUUGCUCACUUCCACCCCAGCAAGGAUCCUCGUGCUCCAGCUCGGCCGCCGCUCGCUACUACUUCAACAUUGUCACCAAGGAAUGCACUCAAUUCACGUACAACGGUUGCUCUGGAAACUUGAACAACUUUGCCACUCUUGAGCAAUGCAACAACUUCUGCUUGUCGGCUGCCUGCACACCGGGAGAUGUCGCCUAUGUGAACCCGAACACGAAUCUGCCGUAUGAGUGUAACGCAGCUCUCUCGAACUCGUGCCCAACCAACUUUGGAUGUACUUAUGAUCAAUUGAGUGGAAAUAGUGUUUGCUGUGGUGCCACGAAUAUGGACGUUUGCCCGGAUGGUGAGAAAGCGUAUGUGAAUGCGGCUGAUAUGUCCGUUCGCGAGUGUUUAAUCAAUGUUGAAGGAUCUUGUCCAUCAAACUAUUUGUGCCGUUUCAACGCGCUUAAGAAUCGUUACUACUGUUGUGCGUCCAUCUCAGGAGAGCUUUGCCCAUCUGGAAAGGCACUCUAUCGCGAGCCGGCCUCAAAGGCGCCGAUUCGUUGCACAAUCUCGUCGAACUCGAACCAGUGUCCCAAUAGCUACUCCUGUCAAUCGGAUGUGCCCGGAGCUUUCCAGGGAUACUGUUGCUCAGCUAAUGCUCUUUGCCCCAACAAGGCCGAGUUCUACCUAGAGGAGAAGACUCAAAUGCCAAGAUCAUGCACCAUGGGAUCAUUCAUUACUUGUCCUACUGGAUUUACUUGUCAAUCAAACUCGGCUGAUGCCAAGAAUGGACAUUGUUGCCGCGGCGAGGAAAAGAGUGUCUCCGACGGAUGUCCACCAAAUGAAUAUGUGUACAUGAAAGACAAUGAGAUCGCGCCAUGUGAUCCAUUCAACCCACCAAAUGCCCCAUGUCCAAAUGGAUACUCUUGUCAAUGGUCAUUAGCAAAUCAAAGAUAUCAAUGCUGCGGAGCGACUCCAAUCUCGACACCAAAAAGUGUGGCUGCCCUUGGUUGCCCUAACAAUCAGGUGGCAUUCAAAGAGUCGUCGAGCAACGUACCUCGCAUUUGCACUGCCGCUGCGUCAAACUGCCCAACCGGGUAUUUCUGUCAGUUCUCCGCCAUCAACAAUCAAUUCCAAUGCUGUGGAAUGAGCGGUGGAUGUCCAAAUGAUCAAGUCGCUUUUAUCGGAAUCAAUGGCGAGCCUCAGUCGUGUGUGAUCGGGCAAUCAACAUGUCCAUCUGGAUAUUCUUGUCAACGAUCGGUCACCGGCACACAACUUUGUUGCACCUCUUCUGAAAUCACCUGUUCGGAGACGCAAGUUUUGGUCGAAGGAGAGUGUCUCAACAAGGCCUCUUUAGGAGAAAUGUGCAAGAAUCAGGUGCAAUGCCCAAGUGGCUCGAUUUGUCACAACAACAAAUGUGGCUGUUCCCCGGGAAUGGAAGUCGAAAAAGGCAUCUGUGUGAAGAAAUGUGAGGAGUCGGAGGUGCGCGUGAACGGGGAUUGUCUGAGCCGAGCUUUGGUGGGAGAGGAGUGCAAAGUGGAUGCGCAAUGCCAGGGAGGAGCCGCCUGUGAUGACGCUAUCUGUGCCUGUCCUGAGGGUCAAGAACCGGUUGACGAUAUUUGCAUUGAGAAGCCAAAGUCUCGCCCGACCACAUUGAGCACUUGUCCAAUCCCCACCCAACGCCCCUACAUUGAUACCAGAACGAAGAAGGCUCGUUUCUGCAAUCCAGCUCGGAAUAACUGUCCCCGCGGAUACACGUGCCAAUUCUCGUCCACCGCUCAGCAGAACAUUUGCUGUGGUGGCGCCUCAUCUCCAGUCAACCCUUCCGUCAAGCCCACAACUCAGGAGCCAAAGGUUGAUCGUCCCGAGAGAACUCGCAACACUUUCUCGACAUUGUCAACUAAAGUUGAUGUCUGUGAUGUCGGUUCGGCUUAUCUUGUCAACGGAGCUCCGCAACAAUGCACAAACAAACCAUGUCCCAAAGAGUACAAAUGCACAUUCUCAAAGAAAACCAGAAACUACUACUGUUGUUCGACUUCAAGAAGCUCACCAGGUGGCUCGGGAUCAGGAUCCGGAAGCGGUGAGUCAUUCGGUUGUCCAGCUGGUUCUCCGGCUCUUCUCUUCCCAUCAACUGGAACUCCAGUUCAAUGUACCACACAGGGAGGAAACUCAUGUCCUUCUGGAUACGACUGUGUGCGUUCAACCACCACAAGACGAUUCCAGUGUUGCCAGAUCGUGAAGAGAGGCAAAGAUAAUUCAGCUGCAGGACCAUGCUCGGACGGGAAAGUGUUAGUUCAACGAAUCGUCGGCGAACAAAUCAUCAAACGUUGUGAGAAUAAAUGCCCACCGCAUCAGGUACCAAUCCGAGGUGUGUGCACAGAUUUGUAUCAAGCCGAUGAAGAAGAG